AAUAAAUGAGUAUUUUGAAUUAACACUAAAGUGUAUUUCCCCAUCUCUUGACCAUCAUCGAUAGUAUGAGGGUCCACCAUGAAUCAAAAUUGUGGAAACAACUCAGCGAUUAUUUGUUGAUCUACAUCAAGGAUCCUCAAGUCAAUCAAGGAACUCAUUUGAAGGAUCUUUUUGAGGGAUUUGUUAAGAAGUUUUAUCAAGAGAUUGACGAGAUGAAAUUAGUGCGUUUUCUGAUUAAGGCUGCAGAAUAAUACGGAGAUUUUUAGAGCAGAAUUGAUUUCCUCAAAUAAUUUAAAUUAGAUGAACAACCCCAAUUAGUCAUUGACAUUUUGAUCGCCUUCUUCAAACUCUAAUAGGGGAAAUUAUAAGAAGUGGAUGAAUUAUUGAAAUAAUACAAAUAGGCAAGUGAAAAAUUGUAAGAAGUUGAUCCACUUGUUUAUUCAAUGCUCUACUAUUUGGCAUACAAUUUCUACAAAAUCAAGAAUGUCUAUGAAGAAUUUUAUGUUAAUGCCCUACAAUAUCUAGCAUACACUAACGAUUAGGACAUGUUACAAGAACAAAAGGUGCAACUCUCCUAUGAAAUGGCACUAGCUGUUUUGAUUUCACCAAACAUCUAUAACUUUAGUGAAUUGUUGCAAUAACCAGUAUUAGUUAGCUUAAAAGAAAGUUCCCAAUACAAUUGGGUCUAUCAAUUGUUGGACAUCUUCAAUAGGGGAAGCGUGGGAGAAUUGAGGAAUUUCCAAUGGAAUGAGGAGAGAAAGGCAGUCAUUCCAAAUUUCCUAAUAUUGAAUGAAAAGAUAAGAAUAAUGGCAUUUCUUGAAUUGGCUUUCUCUUUGCCUAAAAAUAACAGGGUUUGCACUUUUGAGGAAUUGGCCUAAGUGUCAGAGUUACCCUUAAGUGACAUCGAAAGAUUAGUGAUGAGAACAAUCAGUAAAGGCUUGGUCAAAGGAAGAAUUAAUUAAGUAAAAUUAUAGUAUUAACGUUUGAUAGGUAAAAUAAACAAUAACAAUUUCUUAUGUUGUUCCAAGAGUAUUAACACUGGAUAAAAUUGAGAUUAUUAAUAAGAAAUUCGGUAAUUGGGAGAAAUCAUUGAAUGUUUUCCUUAAAGAAGUGGAAGAUGUGAGAAAGACAUUUAAUUGA